AAUGAAACUCAAUUAUUUUGGAACCACAUUCUCAUCAACUAAAACCCAAUAAAAUUACUUAAGAAAAUUGUUUUAUCAUUACUAUAUGGAACACAAAAAACUAAUCAAAGAUAAAUCCUUAUCUUUAGAAAAUUUUAUGGCAAUAUCAUCUUCCUUUAUUGAUGCUCUUGAAAGAACUAAAUUAUAUUCACAAAUUAGAUUACUUAUACUUCCAUCUCAAAAAAAAUUUCCUAAUGGAAUUAUACUUCAUUUUGAUAUAUAAGAUAAAUUACCCUAUUUUCUAUCUGCAUCUAAUGAAAUAGAUACUUAAGGAUAUUAAUUAAAAAUGAAGUUUGGAAAUAAAAAUUUCUUUGGAAUUCAUGAUUAAUUAGCCUUUGAAUAUGAUCAAAAUCUAAGUACUAAUAAAUCAAAUUGGUCUUUGAGUUGGUCAUACAAAGAUUACAAAGAUUCUAAUUAUUCAUUUUCAUAUAGAUAAGCAUAAAUAUAACAAAUUUAAAACAUAGAUGAAAAUCUUAGUGAAUUUAGUUUUGCUUAUAAUAAUGCAACUACUUAAUUAACUAUCUCAAAUUAAUAUAGAUUUAAUAAAAUUGAAGAUGAAGAAUCUUUAUAAGGAAGGUAUCUUUUUAGAAAAUAUGUUAAUAAUUUAGAUUUCUUACCAACUUAAUCCACUAUUAUAACUUAUUCUAAACCAUUUUCAUCAUAAAUAUUCUAAGAUUAAGGUAUUCUAGAAGGACAUAAUAAUAAAUUUAAUUGUAGUUUAGGAAUACCUAGAUUAACAAUGAAUCCAUUUAUCAAAGUAUGGAUGUCUCAUUAAUUAUGGAUUCCAUUAUAUGAACAUAGAAAUAGAAUUAAAAAAAUUAAAAAAUUGGUUGCCAAUUCAUCAAUCUAAUUAUCUUUUAAUUAUGGUCUUGCCUUUAGUCAAUCUCAUUUAGAUUUAAAUGAUACAUUUCAAAACUUAUAAUUUAGAGGUUUUAAUUAAAUGAUUGAGAUGAGUAAAUUGUAAAAUAGAAAAUAUGAUACAUUUGCUAAAUUUGAUUUUAAAUACAAUAUUCAUAAUCUUUAAGGAAUGAAAGAAAAGAAUCUAUCUUAUUAAUUAUUUUGGUAUGGUUCAUUAUUAACCUUUGGUCAUCCAAAAUCAUUAUUAUAAAAUUUUAGAUCAUCUCUUGGUAUUGGAGUAUCAAUGCCAAUUGGAGGAAUGUAACUUGAAGCAUUAGUGCCACUAUAUACGCAAAAAAAAUAAUUUGAUAAAGAUCCUAUAUUUUAAAUUAGAAUAGCUACAGAUGAUUGA